AUGGAUCCGAAGUGUUUGUACGGUCUUGACGGUUCUGAUUCUGGAUUUGAAAUGAGCUUUGACUCGGAAAAUGAAGCUACGUUUUCGUUUGACGAUACAAUGGGUUCGGAGAGUUUUGCUUCGUCCGUAAGUUUAGCCGACGAUGACCUACAAGUGAAACCAAAAAAACGCCGUCAAAGAAGAACGAGAGAACGAAGUCCUAUGCAGUUGAUUAAAAUAAAAAAACACCGUCGCAUGAAAGCCAAUGACAGAGAACGAAAUCGGAUGCACAUGUUAAACGAAGCUUUGGAUAGACUUCGAUGUGUUUUACCAACAUACCCAGAUGAUGCGAAAUUAACAAAAAUUGAAACUCUUAGAUUCGCACACAACUACAUUUGGGCACUAUCCCAUACACUACAAGUCGUUGAGACUACCGAACAAUCACCACUAGACCAAAACCAACCACUAAUGCUUACCAUGGGUGACGUAACAGUCAGCAUAAGCCAACAAGGCAAUAAAAUCACUUCUUCGACGGGAACAUGUGCUUUGGCACAGCAGAAGAAACCUUGCUCGCCAAUUUCCGAGCCAUUGGCGACUUCAACACCCAUAAAGGAAUCAUCUAAGCACCACCAACAUCCAGCAACGAGCCACUGUCUCAAUGAUUCUGGUUACUUUGAACCACAACGUCUUGACCACCUACUUGGUAUAUCCACCGAGCAAACUGGGCAUGACCAUAGUUACCAACCGGACAGAUGGCUUCAAAAACCAAGUGGCACUCAGCACCAGCAGCAGCAGCCACACCCUAUUGAUAGGACGUGGCCCGAAACGGCGUAUUGCAAUGAUUACCAAUCAUCUUGGCCACUACAGACAGCGUGGCACAAUCACGGACCAUUGACGUAUCCAUCAUCGACUAUAGAUCAAAGGUGCCAUGAACCGAUGAUGUUCUACUCUUGAGAUUAGCAAGAAAAAAAAAUCGCGCUUUCGUACUAAUAUACCGAAAGAAUUUAACGACAACCGACUAUCGGUUUCUGUUGGUCACCAUCGCCCACUUAUCCUGCUAUAUUCGGUGCUUUUAUCGUUUGCCUGCGUGGGUGAUAUAAAAACGCGUUCCACCUAUGAUUGUAAUAGUAAUUAUCGAACCUUAACUAAAGUCUGACGUGUUUAUAUGUUUAGUGUAAUAUGUUAUUUUACUUUUGCUCACACGCACUCGUCGUCGCGGCGAACGAUAAACAAUAUUAUAAUAUUAUAUUUUUGUACCUAUAUAUUAUUAUUUAAUGAUUAAAAAUAAAUA